AUGGUGCUGGUAUCUUUCAGCUGCAACCUCACCUCCUGCAACUUCCCAUCUCUGCCCUGCGUCCGGAGAUCGAAGCUCGGAAACCCUAGAGGGCCAUCUCAUCCCCAUUACAGCAACCGACUGUCCCUUCGGAGGACCUUUCCCUGCCUGAAUUCUGGGCACUUGGGGCCCUUCUCCCAGGCUGGAGGAACUCGUUUCCUCCUGCAUCGCCGGAAUUUCUCCGAGGGCGAGAGCUCGGAAGAAGGGAGCCGAGAAGACGAAGCGACGGCCCCAGAGGUGGAUGGGGGAAGCGGGGAUGGGGAGGAAGACUGGACGACUUCCGUGCUUCUGUUUGCGCUUUGGGCCGCGCUCGUAUACUACGUCGCACAGCUCGCACCAGACCAGACGCCUGUAAGAACUCUGUUAGCUUCAUCCUCUAGAGAAAUUCGCCAUUUCCAUCUCCGAAAUCUGCUUCCUGCAUCGUUUCAUCUCCCCCGGCUAUGCAUCUAUACCGUGAAAUCCAUCCCGAGAGGCCUAGACAUCGAUUGACUCGCUGGAUCUUCAUUUGAUUCAUGAGAAGACUAGAAGCUCGGCGGUCGCUACUAGCUCCUGGAUUGACAUUCUGUUUUCUGCAGUCCAGGGAUAUGUAUUUCUUGCAGAAGCUGCUUACUCUGAAAGGAGAUGACGGCUUCCGGAUGAACCAAGUGCUUGUGGCUUUAUGGUACGUCAUGGGCUUGUGGCCCAUGGUUUACAGCAUGCUGCUGCUUCCAACCGGCAGAAGGUGACGAAUUAACCCCAAUCUUCCUAAACUGUAUUACUUUUUCUCCUUUAUCGGGCAAUGAGAGAGCUCCCAUUAGUAGUCAUCGCCAUAGUUUUCAGAAUUUAUUUUCUUUAUUCAUUGAUAAGUGUCCUUCAAUAUGCCCGAUUUAUGUUAUGAAAAAUGUCAUUAAAAAUCGAUUUUUUUAAUCUCCAUUUGUCUACAUUAAGGCAUUAGAUGCAUAUGAUGCUGCAUAUAAAACAAUGUUCGAACGUAAUAUUUUGAGGAAUAGAAAGCAUGCUCUGUACAAAGUGGCACAUGAAAAUCGGCUGAAGAUGAUCGGGGUCCUUUAAUGAUCAUGGCACCAAACUUAUGGCCAGUAUGAAUUAUCCAUCAUCAGGGAGAGAUCAAGUAUCAUUGAAAUGACUUCUCUCCAAAUGAAUUUAUCCCAAGAUGUUUUGAUAUUGGAGGUUUUACCUUUUCCUCGGAAGAGAAAAGCAUCUGCUGAAAGACCACUGCCUUCAAAUUGUUGGGUUUCAAUAGUUCUCAUCAAUUUGAAAUCAUUUGAUAUGAACUUCGUAUGGUCUUUUGAUGCAAUAUCCUACCCACCCUGAACGCUUAGCUCAAUUUUUUGACAAUCUUUCAUGGAGAUUUGUGGGUCCAAUGGUGGGAAGUUUUUUAACCCGGAGAAAGGGCCCGAAGUUAUUGUUCUACUGUGAUAACGAUGCCAUAGUGCAAAUCUGAUCAAAUCGGGAAGUAUUUCAAUGCAGCUCACGGAGCAGAGUUCCUGUGUGGCCUUUCCUCCUAGUUUCGUUCUUUGUUGGGGCGUAUGGUUUGAUCCCAUACUUUGUUCUUUGGAAGCCGCCAACUCCCCCUGUCGAGGAAGAAGAAACGAGGCGUUGGCCACUGAAUUUCCUUGAAUCAAAGAUAACUGCAGCGGUGAGAAAUCGAUCAUUCUUGCCAUGAAUUUUUCUUGACAAAACUAUUCGAUGGACCACCGUUUUUACAUAGAAUCGAUAUUUAUUCUUAAUUACUGUGGAUUAAUUAACUAUCCUCCAGUUGAUAGGCUAAUGUUCUCAUUUCUGUGAAAAUAUUGUUGAUUUAUGUGACAUCUUUAUUGGCGCACUCUUGAAAAAUAAUGAUUCUAGAGCCCACUGAGAUUUGUUUGCGGAGUAGAUUCUCAGUGGACCACAGAGGCCUACGAGAUGCCAAUGCAGAUGAGGAAUUCUCACUGACGAGCAAAGGGGACUCAGAUCCUCACCCCUGCAAAUAUUUGAAUUUUAUUUAUUUAUGUGUAGAAUCUCAUGCAUUCAUGAAGCUGAUCGUGGAAAAUUAACCUGCCACUUGGCAUGAUGAUUUUUCUUGAUAGUUUGAAAAAAAAAAAGUUCAUUGGACAUUGCUAAAUGUUUAUUGAUUGCCUCAUUUUUCAUAUUCAAUUGUCAAUACAUUCAAGUGGGAUUAUAAAGCUGCUGAUAUUCAAAUUUGAGACAUAGAUUUAUGUGGCUCAUAUAGGAUCGCCUGCUUAUUAUCUCUGAUAAUCUCCACACUUUUUGUACAUUGGAUGCGUAAAUAAAUGGAAAACCCAUUUAAAGUUUCAGUUUUUUUCUCAUCAGCUGCAUCCUAAUUAACCUGACUGGAUCCCAGAUUGUGACUGCUUCAGGCCUCGGAUUAAUCACAUAUGCUGGCCUAGCUUCAGGUGAAGACUGGAAGGAAUUCUUCCAGUAUUUCAGAGAAAGCAAGUUUGUAAGAGAACUACCCACAUAGAUCGUUCACUCAAUCUCUCACUCUCUCUCUUCUCCUGUACUGGGGAGUAGAAGGACUAGCAAUUUUGGUGAAGACAUCUUUUUUCUUUUUCUCUGUUGGAAGUACAGGUUCAUGUCACCUCCCUUGAUUUCUCCCUGCUUUCGGCAUUCUCUGCAUUCUGGGUGUUCAAUGAUAUGACCGAGAGAAAAUGGUAAGUCUUGGCAAUCUUAAGUAGCCCACUUGCUUGUUUAAGCUGGUUGGAAUGGCAACUGAGGGCUCGCUUUCAUCGGCAGGUUUGACAGAGGCUCUUGGCUCUUGCCGGUGACAUUGAUCCCCUUUGUGGGGCCCGCACUGUACCUUCUGCUUCGGCCCCCACUACCAGUGGCCCCUUCCCAAGCUCCUCCCACCAUUGCGGCCAAGGAAGAUUAG